GAAGCACAUAUCAAACGGGUGUGCAACCAGGUGUUUUCCAGUUUUCCAGAUUUUGUGCAGUUAAGCAAAGAUGCAGCCUUUGAAACAAUUUCAGAUCCAAAGUACAGUGGAAAAAUGAAGGUCCUUCAGCAGCUUUUAAAUCACUUCCGAAAAAACAAAGAUAAAGUUCUUCUUUUCUCCUUUUCCACAAAGUUGCUAGAUGUGCUGGAACAAUACUGUAUGGCAUCUGGGCUGGAUUACCAAAGACUUGAUGGAAAUACAAAAUCAGAAGAUAGGAUCAGAAUUGUAAGAGAGUUCAACAGCAUUCAAGAAAUUAACAUAUGUCUUGUAUCUACAAUGGCUGGUGGACUGGGUCUUAAUUUUGUUGGUGCCAAUGUUGUUAUACUGUUUGAUCCUACAUGGAAUCCAGCAAAUGAUCUUCAAGCUAUUGACAGAGCUUAUAGGAUUGGCCAAUACAAAGAUGUUAAAGUGUUUAGAUUGAUAUCCUUGGGAACUGUGGAGGAGAUGAUGUACUUGCGACAAGUUUAUAAGCAGCAACUUCACUGUGCGGUGGUUGGAAGUGAAAAUGCGAAGCGGUAUUUCGAGGCAGUGCAAGGAUCAAAGGAACAUCAAGGAGAGCUUUUUGGAAUUCAUAACCUUUUCAAACUUAGGAUUCAUGGGUCCUGUCUUACCAAAGACAUCCUGGAGAGGGAAGGGCGAGUAGAAGCAGGAGUCAUGACAGCAACCACAUGGCUAAAGGAAGAGAAUCCUCCACGUAGCUCAGAAAAGUGUGAACAAUCAGACUGUAAGGAAGAUAGAGAUCCCCGAAGCAUUCAGACACAAUUAGAGAGAGAAGAAACAGAUUUUUUUGAUGACUUCAGUGAUGAUGAUAUUCUGGAAACUUCAAUCAAAAAAUGUGACAGAAGGAAGCCUUGCAAUGCAGGUCUUUUAAUGGUAACAAAGGGACAGGUUUCCUUAAUGCAGUGUGGAUUCUCUAAGUUGUUGGAGAGAGAAAUUGAAACUACCAAAGAAGCUGAUAAUUAUAACUCUCGUCAUUCACGUUCUGAUGAUCAGACUGUAAGAACAAAUGUAAAAAGCAAGCACAGUGAAUUUCAGAAAUGUCAGAGCCAUGUGCCUGUUUUGGAGCAUGAGAAAGCGGGUCAGUCACCAUAUGAAACUGAAAAACAAGAUAGGCAUAGUACAGACUGGCUUGUUUUAUCAGGCUCUGAGGAGGAAGGGGACAGGGAAAGUGAGGAUCAAGGCAUUUCAAAGCAAAGUGAUGUAGUCAUGGAAACUGAAAGCAGUUCUGAAGAGGAUGAUGAUGUCGUCUUUCCUACCCAAGGUCCAGCAUGCCAGCAACCAAUGCUUACUAAAAAAGUUGAAGUAUACAGGUCAACACCUGAAAAUUGUGAAGAGCUAGCAGAAAAAAAAGAUAGGUUUCUAUUUAAGGGAGACAGUAGGCAAUCUGGAUUCCAUAGUACUGAGUCAAAUUUCAGCAAAGUCAUGUCUUUUGAAGACAUCAAGAACACAAGAGAUUUGAAAGAAGCAAGUGACGUAAGUGAUGAGUCUGAUGAUAUUGAAAUUUCCCAUAAAUCUGAGUCAAGAAAGUUAAGAACUUUCAGCUUUUUGAAAUGGAAAGAAAGACAUGCCCAUAACAAUGGACUAAGUAACAUCUCCAAAACUCUGCUACAAGCAAAGAAGCCCAAUAAAAAAGAAAAGGAAAGUGAUUCUCGGAACACAGAUGACCUUUCAUCCUCUGAAGAUAACUUAGUAGUUGAGAAAGUUUGUGCCAGAAAGCAAAAUCGUACGGGUAAAAGCCGGAGCAGGAGAGUUCAUUUUGGGUCUAAAAUGCUUCAUCCUGUUCAAGAUACCUCUGCACAAAUAAAGUCUAGCAAUUAUGCCGUGCGUAGGUCUUCUACAAGUAAAACUGAAUUUGAACAUCAAGAGCAAAAAGUGGAAUCAAUGGACAGAUAUUUAGAUGGUGUUCAAGAAGUGGCAUAUAUUCAUUCAAAUCAGAAUGUGGUUGGAUCCAGCAAGGCUGAGAAUCGCUUGAGCCGGUGGGCAGUGCGAGAUGUGUUUCAGUUGAAGCAGUUUUCCCAGCUCCCCGCUAAUGUAGCAGUCUGUAGUGCCAAG